UAAAAAUUUUUAUAAUACAGGAUAUCAUAGUCUAAGUAUGGAAAAUAUGUAACUUUGGAAAAGGUAAAAAAAAGCUUUUCAAGGAAAAAAGUACCAAAGAAAUGAAACAAGUAACUAAAGAAAAUUAUAAUGAACAAAAAAAUACUAAUCUAAUCUAGUAUAUUGUAAUAUAAUAUAAAACGAUAGUGUGACAAAAAAAAAAAAAAAACAAUUAAUUUACAGAAUUUUUUUUUUAACAAAUCCAAACAGGCGGUACGGUGGAUCAGCUGGUAAAGCGUUGGGCCUCACAGUUGUGAGGUCCCGGGUUUGAUCCUGGAUCCGCCCGUGUGGAGCUUGUAUGUUCUCCCCGUGCCUGCGUGGGUUUUUCUCCGGGCACUCCGGUUUCCUCCCACCUCCCAAAAACAUGCAACAUUAAUUGGACACUCGAAAUUGCCCAUAGGUGGGAUUGUGAGUGGGGUUGUUUUGUCCCGACGUGCCCUGCGAUUGGCUGGCAACCAGUUCGGGGUGUACCCCGCCUCCUGCCCGUUGACAGCUGGGAUAGGCUUCAUCAUUCCGCGCGACCCUCGUGAGGAUAAGCGGCAAAGAAAAUGGAUGGAUGGAUAAUUUCAGACAAAAAUGUAUGUUCAAGCAAGUCAGUCAUGCCAUCCUCGCCUCUGGAGGGCGCCAAAGUCGGCUACCAGUCCCAACUCCAGCAUUGAUGAGGAUUGCGGUAGGGAGAGGGGGGAGAAAAAAGCCAACAUUGGAUCAAAAAAAGGGGGAAGGAAAAGAAGAAGAAAAGACAGCGACAGUGGUGCAGCAGCAUGCCGUAAAAACAGACCGUAUUGGGGGCCCGCCGACCACGACGUGUCGGCUGUAGGUCCGGGAUCGAAAUCCUCUUCCCAACGGAGGCGCGGCAUGACGACGACGACGAGAAAAAGGAGGGAGGAGGAGGAGGAGGAGGAGGAACACCAGCCAGCACACAGCAACUCCCAGCCUGUCUCGUUGGACACAAACUUAGGCACAAAGUUGACGCGAGCUAAAAUCCUCUCCCGCGUUGGGCGUGAGAGGAGGUCUAUGACCAAGUGAGUCGAGGGGAAACAAAAGAGCUCUGUUGUCGCUUGCUGCAAACCAGCGACCGUUACUGACUCCUUUUCGGAAAAAAAAAAGAAAAAAAAAAAUUAGCCCACCUUUGACACGCGCGGGGGUGGGGGGGAAGAUUCAUGAAGUUGGAGUCGGCAUGGUACACAAAUACGACACCGAGCGAGCGGCGUGUCUGCUCAAACGCUAUCAGGCCAGCCUGACCGGUCCAGACGAUCAGGCCCUCAAGACCAGCGUGGGCAAAGUGUCGGCCAUCCUUGGGAGCCAACUUUUCCAAGCUCUUCUUGAUAUUCAAGAGUGUUACGAGGUGACCUUGCAGCUGAAUACACAACAAAGUGCGCUGAAAGAAGAAAAAGAAAGUGAGAAGGAAGCGUGGGAGAAGCCACAGGAAGAGGAAGAGAAGGAAGUGGAGGAAGGAGUUUCCCGUGUCCGGGUGACGUGCAGGGGAAUUGAUCACAAGUUGGAGCGAGUGUGUGGCCUGGUGACUCGAUCGCACAUCGACGCGCCCAAGGCCAACCCUCCCCCCAUCAUUGUCAACGCAGACUCACUAGAUGCAGGCCCUUAUGUAAAUGGCAGUGAUGGCAUGUACAAGUACGAGGAGAUCAUUUUGGAGAGGGGGAACUCCGGCCUGGGCUUCAGCAUCGCGGGAGGCAUCGAUAAUCCUCACAUUCCUGACGAUCCGGGGAUCUUCAUCACCAAGAUUAUUCCCGGAGGAGCCGCCGCCAUGGACGGAAGGCUUGGGGUUAACGACUGCGUCCUGCGCGUGAAUGAUGUCGACGUGUCAGAGGUGGUCCACAGCAGGGCGGUGGAGGCCCUGAAGGAGGCGGGGCCGGUGGUGCGUCUGCUGGUGAGGCGGAGGCAGGCCCCGCCCGAGACCAUCCUGGAGGUCAACCUCCUCAAAGGGCCCAAAGGACUUGGAUUCAGCAUCGCCGGAGGGAUCGGCAAUCAGCACAUCCCGGGCGAUAACAGCAUCUACAUCACCAAGAUCAUCGAAGGAGGAGCUGCCCAAAAAGAUGGACGGCUGCAGACAGGAGACCGCCUGCUGGCCGUGAACAACAUCGUCCUUCAGGACGUGCGUCACGAGGAGGCGGUGGCUGCCCUGAAGAACACGUCUGAUAUGGUUUACCUCAAGGUGGCCAAGCCGGGACCCGUGCACCUCAAUGACAUGUACGCCCCGCCGGACUAUUCCAGCAGCCUGGCCCUCCCUCCAGCUUUCCCCACCAUGGUGGACAACCACGUGAGCCACAACUACAUGGGCGCCAUGGAGCCGAAGCCUCCCUACCCGCCGGCCCAGGUCACCCCGUCCAGGUACUCGCCAGUUCCUCGCCACAUGCUCGGGGAGGAAGACUUCACCAGAGAGCCGAGAAAGGUGUUGUUGCACAAGGGCUCCACCGGGCUGGGCUUCAACAUCGUGGGCGGCGAGGACGGCGAGGGCAUCUUUGUCUCCUUCAUCCUGGCAGGGGGUCCGGCUGACCUGAGCGGCGAGCUGAGGAGAGGCGACCGCAUUCUGUCUGUGAACGGUGUGAAUCUAAGGAACGCGACGCACGAGCAGGCAGCGGCCGCCCUGAAGAGAGCCGGACAGACCGUCACCAUCAUUGCUCAGUACAGACCUGAAGAGUACAGCCGCUUUGAGUCCAAGAUCCACGACCUGAGGGAGCAGAUGAUGAACAGCAGCAUGAGCUCAGGAUCCGGUUCCCUGCGCACCAGUGAGAAACGCUCCAUCUAUGUCAGAGCUUUGUUCGACUAUGACCGGACGAGGGACAGCUGCCUGCCCAGCCAAGGGCUAAGCUUCUCCUACGGCGACAUCCUCCAUGUCAUCAAUGCUUCUGAUGACGAGUGGUGGCAGGCAAGGCUGGUGACGCCUCACGGGGAGAGUGAGCAGAUCGGGGUCAUUCCCAGCAAGAAAAGAGUGGAGAAGAAGGAGCGAGCCAGGUUAAAAACAGUCAAGUUCCACGCCCGGACCGGCAUGAUUGAGUCGAACAGGCAGCCAGUCAAAGUAAAGCGCAAAAAAAGCUUCAACCUGUCGCGAAAGUUCCCGUUUUACAAGAGCAAGGAGAAUAUUGUGCAGGAGUUGGUGGAGUCUGAACAAUGUCUAACGUCCAACACAAGCGACAGCGAAAGCAGUUCAAAGGGCCAGGAAGACACCAUCCUCUCCUACGAGCCAGUCAUUCGACAAGAAAUCCACUACACAAGACCCGUCAUCAUCCUGGGCCCCAUGAAGGACCGGGUCAACGACGACCUCAUCUCAGAGUUCCCUCACAAGUUUGGCUCCUGCGUGCCCCACACGACUCGUCCGAGGCGAGAGAACGAGAUGGACGGCCAGGACUACCACUUCGUGGGCUCGCGCGAGCAAAUGGAGAAAGACAUCCAAGACAAUAAGUUCAUCGAGGCGGGCCAGUUCAACGAGAACCUGUACGGGACCAGCAUCCUGUCUGUCAGGACUGUGGCGGAAAGGGGGAAGCACUGCAUUCUGGACGUGUCGGGCAACGCCAUCAAGCGACUGCAGCAAGCACAACUUUACCCGAUCGCCAUCUUUAUUAAACCAAAAUCCAUCGAAGCCCUCAUGGAAAUGAACAAGCGGCAGACGUACGAGCAGGCCAAUAAAGUCUUCGACAAGGCCGUCAAGCUGGAGCAAGACUUUGGCGAGUUUUUCACAGCUAUCGUCCAGGGCGACUCGCUCGAGGAAAUCUACAACAAAAUCAAACUCAUCAUUGAGGAGCAGUCCGGUCCGUACAUCUGGAUCCCCUCCCCGGAGAAGCUCUGAGCGCCCGGCCCGGCCCGCCCCGCCCCGCUGCCAUCACACCGCCAACCGCCUCGCAUCGCUGCAGAGGAAGCGACCCACCCCCUCCACCUCUUUUUACAGCUAUGUUUCAUAUAAAGUUUUAGUGUCAUCAUUAUGUUACUCUCUAAAUGGAAAAAGAAGUUUUCUCACCAUUGAUUACUGUGACUUUAACACCCCCCCCCCCCCCCUGCAUGAGUUUCUCGACGCCGGCCAUUCUAGACUGGAACGGAGGUCCUCCAUUAUUUUGUCAUAUGGAAAAAAAAAAAAAAAACCAAACGCAGGGGAAAGGGAAUUUGCUCCUUUCUGUCAACAGACUGAAGAUGCGAAUGUUUUCAUGAGCGAAAGGAGAGAGAGAAAAAGAGAGAGGGUGAGAGAGGAGUGGCGGGGGGAACAGAGACAAAUCAGGCCCAGUCGGAACACUUUGUAAAUGUUCAUGCAAUCACAUUUGAAAAAGAUGACAUACAAAGAUGAGACUUUUUUGUUUUGUUUUGUUUUUUUUGUUUGUUUUUUUUUGUCCCCCCCCUCCCACUGACUGGUCAAGCGGAGCCCUUACUGACGGUACUGUUGUUUCGAGGGAAUUAUUUAUCAUCUUGACAGGACAAAUACUCGCAUUUAUAUGACAUCCCAAGAUGAAUAAAAUCCUACAGAUUUUAAUAUACAUAUAUAUAUAUAUAUAUAUAUAAAAUGCAGAGAGGGAGUGUGUGUGUGUGUGUGUGGCAAACAAGUACAGUUUUACACUUCACUAGAAUGGUCCAUUUGGAGGGCUUCUUCAAAAUGUUUUUUUUUUUUUUUUUGGGGGGGGGGUAUGAGGGGGCUAUUCUGUGUCAAUGCUGGCUGGGAGGGGAGGGGGGGGGUGGAGAAGUGUAAGUGGGAUCUGCAAAACACCAAAACUGCCUUACAUCCAAUACCGACUGACUACCAGUCCUCCUUUUGAGUGCAAUAGCGCCCCCACACUGCGACCACUAUCAGUGCAACAAUCGGUCCCAUCCAAUUAGGAUUUAAUGUACACGCACCCCCCCCCCCCACCACCACCACAACCACCACCUAAAGAGUGUGGAGCUGCAGACCACCCUCUUACACUCUCUGCCUCCCAAAAUUUUUUUUUUUUUUUUUUUUUCUUGUUCGUCGUUCUGUUUUUUUUUUUUUUUGGUUUGUUUUUUUUUUUUGUUUUUUUCUGGUCACGGUACUGUCCGAUCUGCCGCCGCGGUGGCAGCCUUUUAACGGGUAGAACAAGACAAUAAUUGUAUUGGAUGUCAUGCCCAUUUAAAAAAAAAAAAAAUGAACAAAAACAAAAAAAAAGCUGUUUUGGAUUGUCCAAAAAAAAAAAAAAAAAAAAAACUAAAGUUGAGCCUAAUUAAAGCUUUGUGUUAUGUAUAUGAAUUAUUCACGUGCUUUGACCACUGUGUAUUGGAGGGUGGGGUUUCAAUUUUUAUUCUUAUUAUUAUUAUUUUUUUUAAAGAGCUCUUGGGUUUUGGGCCGAGCUCAGGUAUAUCAAACGUACGGCGCCCGAGAGGUCCCCUGAAAGCAGCACGACACGGAAGCUCGCUAUCGUAAAUCUCAACUGUGAAAAGGAUCUUCGGUUUUCUCCAAACCCAAACAGGAAGUGCCAACUCGGACCUGGGUCCACACCACCCUCCCCCCCCCAUCAUUUUUUUUCUUGUUUUCUCCCUUCCCCCUCUCGCCAGGCAACCUGCUGUCAUCGCGUGUCUAAACCCCCUCCGCCAAGUUCAGGGAAUAACUGAAUGGAACACAGCCAUUAAAAAAAAGAAAAACUUUGCAGACUGUUUCAAAGGGUGUGGUAGCUGUACACUGUAAAUAAGCCCCUCCCCUUUUAGCCCAGACAAUAUUAUUCCCCCUCCCCCUCCCACCUGUCCUUUGUGCAUGUGUGACGCAAACUGCGACAGAAUGUUUUGUAGGCCACAAAUGUCAGGUAAGUCGAUUUUGACGCUAUAUUAUCCGGUUGUUGGGGGGGGGGGGGGACUGGGACUGCUGUAUUGUUGCCAUUUGACUGAAGAUGCAUUAUGGGAUGCGAGGGCGCCAAAAUCCAAGUGACGAUAUGGGUCUGGGGAUAUAGAAUGGAACCAAAAAGUGCAGGUUAUUGGGCUUUCAGGUGGAAAAAAGAAAAGUGCAUUUGCAAAUUCACUUGUUCACAUUUUUUUCCCCACCAAUCUCCUCAUAUUAUGGAUAAAUCAUGAAAAAAUAUUCAUUUAAUUCAAUAAUUGUACAAAUGAUUUUAAGAGAAGAAUUUAUGAGCAGCGAUGCAGUUUUAAAGUCAUGCCAAAUUCAAGUGUUUAGUAGCACUCGCCUGCUUUGUGACAGAAAUGCAAGUUGGAUUUUCUUGGGUUUCAUUAAUGUCUGGGCAGCACAGUUGGCCUCACAGUUCUGACGUCCCGGGUUCGAUCCCGGCCCCGCCUGUGCGGAGUUUGCAUGUUCUCCCUGUGCCUGCGCGCGUUUCCUCCAGGCACUCCGGUUUCUUCCCACAUUCUAAAAACAUGCAACAUUAAUUGGACUGACUCUCUAAAUUGCCCCUCGGUGUGAUUGUGAGUGCGGCUGUCGUCUGUAUCGAUGUGCCAAGCGAUUGGCUGGCGACCAUUUCAGGGCGUAUCCCGCCUCCUGCCCGUUGAAAGCUGGGAUAGGCUCCGGCACUCCUGGUGACCCUGGUGAGAAUAAGCAGCCCCCCCACCCCC